AGGGAGCGACAAACGAGGAGAAGACGCCAAAGGAGCACCAGGGGGACUCAAGGUGGCGUCAUGUGGUGGCGUCGCCAUAUCCGCGAACGACGUCACGAUGUCAGCAGAUGACGUCACGAUGUCAACAAAUGACGCCAGGAUGUCAGUGCAUGACGUCAUGGGUCUCCUGUUCUCCCUAGACCCUCUGCUGGCCCGUGCUGCUGCCGUUACUCUCAGCGACGCCCUGCUCUCGCCCACCCUCUCUCACGCGGCAGCAGCAGCCGUGUUGACUCAAUGCUGGCAGGCCACCGUUGCUGCUAUCGCUGUUGCUGCUGCCGGCUCUGCUGCCAGCAAUACCGCCGCUGCCACUGCUUUUGAUAACGCUGCUGCUGCCGAUAGUGCCGGUACUGCUAGUGCUGCCGGUGCUGCUGGUCCUGCCGGUGUUGCUGCUGUUGCAGGAGGUCCUGUCGGUGCUGCCGGUGCUGCUGGUCCUGUCAGCGCCUCUCCCCUCUGCACCUCGCGUCACUGCACCACACCCCAUGGCACCUCCUCCGCAGACACCACCUGCCCCAGUGGACCCCUCCCCCUGACCUGCCCACCCUCCCCUGCCCUGCGCUGCUUGCUGCUCCGCGCCUCUCCUCCGGCCUGCCCACCCCCUGUGCCACCUGCAGCAGUGGGAGAGGCUUUUGGGAGCAGUAUUGAACCAUGCGCGGCUGUGGUUGCAAGGCCACGCGCGUUGGUGAGUCCAGCACCAUGCGGUCCAAAGACACUAGAAGCAGGAGUCCCAGCAGCACUCUCACUAGCACGGUUGCCUUCACAGCGUGUCCCCUGCGCUGCCCCUGAUGAGACGACUCAGACCGUGGCAGUCCCCUGUGCGGCCCUCUCUCUCUUCCACUCCCUGCUCAAACGCCGCCUCCACUCACCACCGCACCCUCUUUUCCCCCAAACGUCUCCCACGCGCCUCUCCUCCCUUGGUUAUGCGGCCGCCCACUCCCUCCUGCACGCCACGCCAUGGCUCGCCCUCUCUCGCCUUUUAAGCUCAACUGAUUCGAGAGAUCUCUCCUUGCAGCAGCAGCAGCAGCAGGGACACAUUGGGAAGCAGGGCUCAUUAGCGGCAGCAGCAACAGAAACAGGAGCAGCAGCAGCAGCAGCAGCAGCAGCAGCAGCAGCAGCGGCAAGAGCACAACUGGCAGUGGAAUGGUUGACUCGCUUGCUGUCCGCCUGUGUCGGGGCAGUCAAUGGUGACGAUCUUGGUGGCGGCUCUGCUGGUGAUGACGGCAGCAGCAGCAGCAGGAGCAGCAGCAGCAGGAGUGGCGAAGGUGGUAAUGGUGACAGUGGAAAGAACGAGGGCAGUAGCCGGGCGCACCGCACAGUGUCUGUUGAAUGCAUGCUGCCCGUGGUGCGUGCUUGGACGUCUCACUGCUUACUGCCGCUUCUAGCCCGUGCCCCAUCAAGCAUCCAUGGCCCAUCUGACAGCCAAAGGCGUGCCACCUACCUUCACCAUAAAUCCCUUGUAAUACCUCGCCCUCUCCCUUGCUCCUUUCAGAAAUUGCUGCUCCGGUGCGCCCCUCUCCUCCCCUCGCACCCCCCUCUCUCUCGCACCUUCCUCGCCUAUCUUUCCGCCCUCCUCCCCCACACACUCUCUUUCACCGCCUCUCAAGCCCCGCCCUCCUGCUGGCCCUUCUACUCCGUUAAGGCAUCUUCCACCACCAAUGCUGGCCUCGCUUUCACUGCUGCAGCUUCUGCUGCUGCUCCAGCUGCUGCUGCUGCUGCUGCUAAUACUGCUGCCGGUGCUUCCGGUGCUGCUGCUGGUGCCUCUCCUGCGGCUCACUUGCUGCGUCUGCAGCUGCUGCUGCUCCUCCACGCCACUCACUUCCUCCUCUCCCACUCGCAACCCGCGCUCGCCCCCAGUGUUCAGUCGCCUGCAGCGCCCUCGCAAGAGCCCCACUCCACACACUCUCUCCUCUCCCACGACCAGCCCUCGCCAGAGACACACGCGACAGGAGGCACCCAGGGCUCGAAGGGCGAGGGAGGAGGGGAAGGCGUGACUGCUGCAGUCAAUUACGCAGACAGUGUCUAUGGUUGUGGUGCUGGUUCGAUUUGUGGUGAGGAUGGUGGUGGUGGCAGUGGUAGCAGCAGCGGUAAUGUGAGAGGAAGCAGAGAGGCAGGAGAACUUGCGGUGGACGGAGACGGCGUGGUCUGGCAGUCUCUGGAGCUUCUUCAGCAAGUCGUGGCCGCAGCUGCUGCUCUUACAGACCCUCCCUCACACUCACAAGCCGCUUCAGAAUCAGAAUCAGCAUCGGCGGUAGCAGCCGUUGGUGCUCGCUCCCUCCGCGUGUCACUGCCUCUCAUCGUGGAGCUUCUCUCGCAUGAGGAUGAUGCCCUACUCGACGGUCUGUCGCUCCUUGCCUCCAUAUCCAGUCAAAUCAAGCGUUCCGCAGGCUCUGGUCAAACCCUCAGUUCAGCAGCGCCAGCACAGCACUCGGAGCCGGUUUUCGAGGCGCCUCAGAAAGCAGCACAGCAUGAGGAGCCGCGUAUAGGAAGAGCAGUAGCAGCAUCUGCAGCAGCAAGAAUGCAAGAAAAUCUGCUACCAGGGGGAGCAGCAGCAGGAGGCAGCAGGCAAGGAGGACAGGCAGUGGCAGCAUGGGCAGCAUGGGUAGCAUGGGCAGCAGCACAGGGAGCAGCACCCAGGGAGGAGCGGACUCUGCAGGAAUGGUUGGCGGCGUUGAGGGAGGAAGACAUUCUCCAGUGCUGGCUGCAGCAGAUGGGGCAUGAUGCCACGGCUGUGGUGGACCUUCUCAUUCAGCCAGCCACGGCCCACUCCUGCCUUCGCUUGCUGCUGCUAUGCCUCCCAUCAGCGACCGCCACCUGGAAGCACGUGAUUGGCCGUGCUCUGUGGCUACAGUGCGUGGGGUCAGCGUCAGGGGGAGGGGUGCAGCUUUGGGAAGGAAAGAAAGGGGAACGCAGGGGUGAGGCAGCAAAAGGCACACAAGAGGAACACCCAAGGUCGCACAAACGCCAACUGGAGCAGCAGGAGGAAGCGGAGAGGGAGGGGACUGGAGAGUGGAAGAGGGCGAGAGAGUGGGAAGAAGCGAGGUGUGGUGCUGAUGAGGGCGAGGCAUGUAUCCGUGGCAGGACGGGUGGGCAUGUGCCAUGGAAGUGGCAGGGUCUUGGGCUAGAAGAAAGAGACUGGCCGGACAGGACAGACGGUCGAUUGAGGGAAGUGGAGGAGGAGGAGGAGGGAGGAGUGGAGAGGGGAGGGAACGAGGAGGAGGAAGAAGAGGAUAAAGAGGAGGAAGAGGAUGAGGAUGACGAGGGGGAAGAGGAGGAGGAGGAAGAAGAGGAUAAAGAGGAGGAAGAGGAUAAAGAGGAGGAAGAGGAAGAGGAUGAGGAGGGGGAAGAGGAGGAGGAGGAAGAAGAGGAUGCGGGGGAGGAAGAGGGCAUAGAGGUGGAAGGCAAUGAGCAGGGCGUUUCUGCUAUAGUCACACCGUCUACAGUCGCACAUUCUACAGCAGCAGAAUCUAAAACUGCAGUGGUGGACUCCCUCCUGUGCCUGGCUCAGCUGCACAAGCGGCUCUCUCGCCUGCAGCGCCUGGGGCUCUUCCCUUACAACGUGCAGCCUCUGUUGACCAGGUGAGGCAAGCUGUUGACCAGGUGAGACAAGCUGUUGACCA